AUGACUCUGACCAACGAUUAUCCUGCACUGAAAGCACAGUAUGAAGCGGCCGGUCAAGGCCAUGUUUUCACCUUUUACAACGACUUGUCUGCGCAAGAACAAGAAGCCUUCCUUGACCAAUUGAAGAUGUUUGAUCCCGAGGAAUUGUCAAAGAUUGCUCUGAAGGCAAUGGGAGAAUCAAAACAACCAGCAGUGAAGCAACAAGCCUGCCUUGAACCCUUGCCACGCAAUGUCACCGAUAAAGUCUGUUCCGCAUCGGCCGAUAGAAAAGAAGGAUGGAAAAAGCUUGGCAUGGAUUUGAUUCGCCAGAACAAAGUGGCCGUCAUUUUGAUGGCCGGUGGUCAAGGCACUCGAUUAGGUUCAGAUGCUCCCAAGGGUUGCUACGAUAUUGGGUUACCGUCACACAAAUCCCUGUUCCAACUUCAAGCGGAACGUAUCUUGCGAUUGCAAGCUUUGGCCCGAGGUGAUCGAGAAGAAGAAUCCAUCAUCCCAUGGUAUAUCAUGACGUCCGGUCCUACCCAUGAACCUACCUGCGAAUUCUUUGAAAAGCACAACUAUUUCGGCCUUUCCCGUGAUAAUGUCAUCUUUUUCAAACAAGGUGUGAUGCCUUGCUUCACCGAAGAUGGCAAGUUGAUGCUUCAAGAAAAGGGCAAACUUGCUAUUGCUCCCGAUGGCAACGGUGGUAUUUAUAGUGCGUUGCACAGAGAAGGGAUUAUUGCUUCGUUGAAGAAGCGUGGUGUGUUGUAUUCGCACUGCUACUGUGUCGAUAACAGCUUGGCUCGUGUGGCGGAUCCUGUGUUUAUUGGUUACUGUGCGUCCAAGUCCACGGACUGUGGUAUCAAGGUGGUGCCCAAGAGCCACCCGGAAGAGCCUGUCGGUGUCGUUUGCAAAUGUGACGACAAGUAUGGUGUGGUGGAGUAUUCGGAAAUUUCCAAAGAGCUGGCUUUCAAGCGUCAAGAGGACGGUACUUUGGCGUUUGGAGCGGCCAACAUUGCCAAUCAUUUCUUCUCUACCGAAUUCCUGGAACGUGUACCUUCUUUUGCCCAUACCCUUGCUUACCACGUUGCACACAAGAAGAUUCCUUAUACCGAUCUUACCAAUGGCCAGUUUAUCAAACCUACCAAGAACAACGGAGUGAAAUUGGAACGUUUCGUGUUUGACGUGUUUGGUCACUCGCAUGCCUUUUCCGUCUUGGAAGUUGGUCGUGCCUUGGAAUUCUCGCCUCUCAAGAAUGGUUCAGGCGCCGGCGUCGAUUGUCCCGAAACUUCGCGUGCCGAUAUUUUGCAACAACAUGCACAAUUCAUCAUUGAAGCGGGCGGUCACGUCAAGGAUGGUGUUUCGAUUGAAAUCUCCCCCUUGGUAUCUUACGCCGGAGAAGGGUUGGAAAUUGUCAAAGGAAAGACUGUCAUCCAGUCGGGCGUUGUCAAGACCAUCGAGGACCUUAAGCAAAUGUUGGCUUAA